AUGGCUCUUGAGAGAUUAAAUGCUGUCCUCCAGCAGUUGAAACCCGGCACGGGUGGAAGCAGUGUUGUUAAUAAACUUUGCGAGAAGAACCCCGACGAUGUUGUCAUUACCGUCGCAGUUCGAAGCGCCAUGACGAAGGGUUUCAAGGGUGGAUUCAAGGAUACAGACCUUGAUAUGCUUGUCUACGCUCUCAUCAAGGAAGUGUUGGCUCGCUCUAAAAUAGACCCUAGCUUGAUCGAGGAUGUAUGCUUGGGAAAUGCUCUCAAUGGAAAGGCAUCCUAUCUUACCCGUACCGCUGCUCUCGCUGCUGGCAUCCCACACACCGCUGGCGCCGCUGCCGUUAGCAGGUUUUGCUCAUCCGGCUUGAAAGCCAUCCAGGAUGUUGCCUACCAGAUCUCCCAAGGUUCCAUCGACGUCGGUAUCGCCCUCGGCGGAGAGUCGAUGUCUCUUUCUCCCGACAGAGGCUUCCAGCCUGUUGAUAACGAGGUUAUGAAGUGCCAGGAGGCGCAGGACUGCACACAGCCCAUGGGUCAGACAUCAGAGAAUGUCGGUGAUGAUUUCAACAUCACCCGUGAGAUGCAGGACCGCUACUCUGUGGAGUCCUUCAGAAGAGCCGAGGUCGCCCAGAAGUCAGGUUGGUUCGACGAUGAAAUUGUUCCCAUUACGACAACUGUCAAGGAUCCAAAGACUGGAGAAGUCAAGCAAAUCGUCGUCUCUCGGGACGAGGGUCCUCGCUACGGCACCACCUACGAGGGCUUGAGCAAGAUCCGUCCUGCAUUCCCCCAGUUUGGAAAUAAGACCACUGGUGGUAAUGCCAGUCAGAUCAGCGACGGAGUCGCUGCUGUUCUCCUUAUGAAACGUUCCAAGGCCAUUGAACUCGGUCAGCCCAUCCUUGCCAAAUUCGUUGGAGCCACCGUUGCUGGUGUUCCUCCAAGAAUUAUGGGUAUCGGUCCUACCGCUGCCAUCCCCAAGCUGCUCUCCAAGUUCAACCUCCGCAAGGACGAUGUUGACAUCUUCGAAAUCAACGAGGCUUUUGCCUCCAUGGCUGUGUAUUGCGUUGACACACUUGGCCUCGACCACGCUAAGGUGAAUCCUCGUGGUGGUGCCAUUGCCUUGGGUCAUCCUCUUGGAUGCACGGGUGCAAGACAGGUUGUUACCAUUUUGAGCGAGGCAAAGAGAACCAAGGCAAAGGUCCUUGUGACAAGUAUGUGUAUUGGAACUGGCCAGGGCAUGGCUGGUUUGUUUAUAAAUGAGCAGAAUUAA